CGCUAGUGGAAUUUUCGGCUAAUUAUUAGUCCGAGUCCAACAAGGUAUUGGAAAAAGAGAGAUAAUAAUAAUAGUAAUAAAAUUGAAGUUAAGGAAAAGAAAGUUUUGUAAAAUUGUUGAAUUGCCAAGAAGGCGGAAAGACACUCAAAAGAACUCAGUAAUCAGCAGCAGACUUGGAGAGCAAGAGAUUCCGUUCCGAUCACACAAAGCGUAUAAGAAUUGCUUCUUCAUAGACUCAUCUCCGUCUCACCUUUUUUCUCUAUUUAAUUCUAGAUUCUUCUAUUCGGAAACCCUAGUUUCCUCCGUCCAAACCAGUUUUCCUCAGUCUAGAUUACAAUGGAGAUCGACUCUGCCGAGUAUCAGUUAAGGUGUCAGCUUACAGGUCACGAAGACGACGUUCGGGGGAUAUGCAUAUGUGACAAUGUUGGUUUUGUGACAUCAUCUAGAGACAGAACCAUUAGGUUUUGGUCUCCAGAUGAAUCAAACCACCGCAAUUAUACUACGUCAAAGAUAUUGCUAGGGCAUACAAGUUUCGUUGGGCCACUGGCUUGGGUUUCUCCCGGGAAGGAGUUUCCUGAGGGCGGACUUGUUUCUGGUGGCAUGGACACUCUUAUCUUGGUGUGGAAUUUGGCUACUGGAGAGAAAAUUCAGACACUUAAGGGUCAUAAGUUGCAAGUUACAGGUGUUGCUUUGGAUGGCUCAGACGUUGUAUCAACAUCUGUUGAUUGUACAUUAAGAAGAUGGAGGAAAGGCGAAGAGGUUGAAGUUUUGGAAGCUCAUAAAGCAGCUAUCCAAGCAAUUAUUAAACUGCCCUCAGGCGAGCUUGUUACAGGCUCAAGUGACACAACGCUGAAGCUUUGGAAGGGAGCAGCAUGUAUACACACUUUUUCUGGGCAUACAGAUACUGUUCGAGGCCUUGCUGCAGUUCCUGGUCUAGGAAUUCUUUCUGCAUCCCAUGAUGGUUCCAUCAGGCUGUGGGAACUUAGUGGUCAAGUUCUGCUAGAGAUGGUUGGUCACACUUCUAUUGUCUAUUCUGUUGAUGCUCAUGCCUCCGGGCUUAUUGUCAGUGGUAGUGAGGAUCGUUUUGCAAAGAUCUGGAAAGAUGGAGUUUGUGUCCAAAGCCUAGAGCAUCCUGGUUGUGUUUGGGAUGCCAAAUUCUUAGACAACGGAGACAUUGUUACUGCAUGCUCUGACGGUGUUGUGCGCAUUUGGACAGCCCAUCAGGAUAAGAUUGCUGACCAGCUUGAACUAGAGUCAUAUGCUGCCCAACUCUCACAGUACAAACUCAGUAGGAAAAAAGUUGGAGGGUUGAAAUUGGAAGAGCUUCCUGGGCUAGAGGCCUUACAGACCCCAGGUACUAGUGAUGGCCAGACUAAAGUUGUCCGUGAAGGGGACAAUGGAGUGGCAUAUGCAUGGAAUAUGAUGGAACAAAAGUGGGAUAAGAUUGGUGAAGUGGUCGAUGGACCUGAUGAUGGCAUGACACGUCCUCUUCAUGAUGGAAUCCAAUAUGAUUAUGUGUUUGAUGUUGAUAUUGGAGAUGGUGAACCUGUUCGCAAAUUGCCCUACAAUCGCUCAGAUAAUCCAUAUGACGUUGCUGACAAGUGGCUAGUCAAAGAGAAUCUGCCUCUUUCAUUCCGUGAACAAAUUGUAGAGUUCAUUCUUCAAAAUACUGGUCAGAGACAGUUUACUCCAGAUCCAUCAUUCCGUGAUCCCUACACUGGCAAUAGCGCUUAUACACCUGGUCAACCUUCGAAGUCAGUUGCUACUGCAGCAAAACCUGCUUUCAAGCAUAUUCCCAAGAAAGGAAUGCUUGUCUUUGAUGCAGCACAAUUUGAUGGUAUCCUCAAGAAAAUUUCAGAGUUCAAUAGUACUUUACUGUCUGGCUCGGAGCAAAAACAUAUGGCGUUGACUGAGGCUCAUAUGUCCAGACUGGCUUCUAUCCUUAAUGUUUUGAAGGACACAUCACACUAUCAUAGCACUAAACUUUCAGAUGAUGAUGUUGCAGUGGUGCUGAAGUUGCUAAAAACUUGGCCGUUGACGAUGUUAUUUCCAGUAAUUGAUAUUUUGAGGAUGAUUAUGCUGCACGCUGAUGGUGCUGCUGUACUUUUCAAGCAUGUCAACAAUCCCAAUGAUGUACUUAUGGAGUUGAUCAAGAAGGUCACUACCAGUCCUCCAUUCCCUGCAAAUCUUCUGACAAGUGUUCGGGCUUCGACUAACCUCUUCAAGAAUGGAUCCUAUCAUGAUUGGUUGUUAAAGCAUCGUGGGGAGGUUCUGGAUGCCUUUUCCACUUGUUACUUAUCUUCCAAUAAGAAUGUGCAGUUAGCUUAUUCGACAUUGAUACUCAACUAUGCUGUUCUAUUGAUUGAAAAUAAGGAUGAGGAGGGGCAGUCUCAAGUUCUUUCGGCUGCGCUUGAGAUUGCAGAAGAGGAAAGUGUUGAAGCCGAUGCAAAAUUUCGGGCUUUAGUUGCCAUAGGAUCACUGAUGCUUGAGGGUGUCGUAAAAAGAAUUGCAAUGGACUUUGACGUUGCAAAUAUUGCAAAAGCAGCAAAGGCAUCUAAAGACACAAAGAUUGCUGAAGUUGGAGCAGACAUUGAGCUCAUAACAAAGCAGAGUUGAGCUUAAGGUAACGCCUAGAACUAUGAAUCGGACGUCAAAAUGCAUGAAAUUUUCAAAGAAACUUAAGAACUUUCAAAUUUGCAAUCGGACGUCCGAAUCACGUCAAAUCAACUUCGUAGCCUCGAUUGUGGUUUAUGACAUUUUUUCCAUAGUGAAGUUGGACGAAAGAGAAUCAUGCUGUAGUUGUUUAUAGCUUUGGUCAACAAGAAGGAUGCAGAUAGUCUCUUCGGCAGCUAGUAUGUUUGUAGCUGUAGGAGAGAGUUCCUUUAUCUUUUAUAUACAUGAGAGCGGCUCAAUAUUGUUGGUGGCCUAAAGCCAAAUAUUAAUGAGAUGCCUUAAUUUUUAUUAAAAAAACUUUCAUAUAUUUUACUUGACUUGAA